AUGCCCUCGGAAUCCAAGACAAAGACACGCCCGCAGCAGUCGUGCCUCAGAUGUCGCGAGCGCAAAGUGAAGUGCGACCGCUCUAUUCCAUGCCACGCCUGCAUUAUCCGCGGCCUCGAAGCAGAAUGCACUUACCUAACUUCGGCCGAAGAUCGCGCCCACAUUAGCCAAUCCGAGAUUAUCAACCAACUCCGCCGCGAAGUCGCACAGCUGCGGGGACGCCUAAACCAAGCCUCACGAGAGCCCGGUCAUAGUCAGAGCCAGAGUCAGCGUCAGCGCUCGCACCCGGACCAAGCGGCCGGGCCUUUCCCGGAGAACGGUCAGAGUUGGACACAAUAUGCGCCUGCGCACACGGGCUGCAAUUACGACAGCCAUGGCUAUAGCAAUAACUCUGGGUAUGCGACCGGCGCUGGCGCUGGUUCUGCCUCAGCUAGAGGUACUCCAGAUACUGUUGAAGGCAGCGGGAGCGGGUCGUCGCCAUCCUCAUCGAUCACGACCAUGACAAACUCUGUGACUGUUACGAGUCCUGACAGCACGGGGAGUGAGAGUGGGACUGGGUCAAUGUCUACUUCGUCGUGGUCGGCUUCGGCUUCGGCUUAUCCCAUCGCAACGGGGUAUGCGACGCAGGUUGCGGAACUAGACGGAUCGACUACAAGUGAAUCGUAUGCUUUUGGAAAUACUCUAGGAGAUGCGACGAUGCCAGGAUAUUAUACAGGAUGCACGACCUUUGCUCCGGACACGCCCGGAACAAUCCCAGUACCGAUGCAAAGUCUCCCAGUGCAUGGCUUACACGCACAGGAUGCAAUGUUAGGGAUGCACCACCCGCCGGUAUACGGAGCUAAUAGCGAUGUUUAUAUGCUUGACGAAGGCAAAGCACUGACGCACUUACAACACACUGGUUAUCCCGCGCCCAUACCAACGGCAACACCUUAUAGGGAGGAGUCUUCAAUCUUCAAUCAAGAUUAUAGACCUCAUGCAGAUCAUCAAUGGGAGCAGGAUGCAUGUGGGAAUCCAAAUACAAGUCCGAACCAAUUUCCGUACAUGCAGAUAUACCAAAUCCCGUCUCAUUAUUCAACUGUCAACACCGCCACCACCAUCACAAAAUUCAACGUCUAUGCAGAUGCACCCUUCUCCCUACCGACUCCAACCCCUAUGGCAGGCGAUACUUCCAGCAAUGCCAGCCCCAGUUCCCAGGACCGACCUUCCUCAACAACCAUCAUGAACUCAUUGCCCAGCUCCUGGAAAGGCGAGGGGAAACAACAACUACUGGAGAUAUUGCUGGAAACAAUUGCCAGCUGUGACGAGCUAUUUUUACCUCAGGUGAUUCAGGUCUUGCGAACAAGUCCUUCACCCGAGGAAGCUGUUUCAGGAGUCUGUCAAGUUCUCGGGAUCGGGACUGGGCGGUGA